AUUUAUCACAAAGGGUAUUUUGUUUCCAAAAAUCUUAAAAUAUGUCGUCAUUAGAUUUAAAGUGGAAAGUGUUAUUUAGCGUUUCAGUAAUUGUCAAUUUUACAUGUAUUGUGUUGGUAAUACUUCAUAGUGAGACGACGCACCUAAGCUGGACAAGAAAAACCGCUACAGAAGCAGAGAAAGUUGCGUCUAUUAGUUGUUCAGGACAUGGAAGAGCUUAUUUAGACGGCUUAGUACUCAGAGAAGACGGAAAACCGAUUUGUGAGUGCAAUGCAUGCUUUACUGGCCCUGAUUGCUCUCUCUUUAAACCCAGUUGCGCGGUUGAUGUAGACAGCGGAAACCCUAUGUUUUUAGAGCCAUUUUGGAAGCAAAAUGCAGGGAGUAGUGGUGUAAUGGUAGCUGGAUGGCAUAGAAUGGGCUAUGAAUUUGAGGAUGGUUCGCUCAUUUCUAAGCAAUUGGAGAGUGUAAUACACAAGUUACAUGAAACUGUAGGAAAUGCAAACACAUCAAACAAGUACAUAGUAUUCGGCGUUGGCUCAACUCAACUUCUUAAUGCCGCGGUGUAUGCUCUUUCCCAUCACAACUCCAAUUCAUCGCCUACCAAAGUGGUUGCUUCUGCCCCUUACUAUCCUGUUUACAAAUCACAAACAGAGCUAUUGGAUUCGAAAAAGUAUAAGUUUAGUGGAGAUACAUCGUCUUGGAAAAACAAAACAAGGAGUAGUAGGACUAAUUUCAUUGAGUUUGUGACAUGUCCAAACAAUCCAGAUGGGCACUUAAACAAGGCAGUUCUUCAAGGAAAAUUUGCAAGACAUGUGUACGAUUUAGCUUACUAUUGGCCACAUUACACCGCAAUUCCAAGUCCUAUGGAUGAAGAUCUCAUGUUAUUUACACUUUCAAAGCUCACUGGUCAUGCUGGUAGCAGAUUUGGAUGGGCUAUAGUCAAAGACAAAGAUGUAUACGAAAGAAUGGUGGAAUACAUAGAUUUAAACACUUAUGGUAUUCCGCGUGAAACUCAAUUGAGAGCUUUAAAACUCUUAAACGUUGUGUUACAAGGAGAUAGAAGAGAAAUAUUUCGAUUUGCCCAUACAAUUAUGAAGACUAGAUGGGAAAAGCUCGCGGAGAUGUUGUCUACUUCAAAACGAUUCUCAAUGGAACAACUUCCCUCCCAACAUUGUGCAUUUUCCAAACAAGUUAGGCCAACUUCUCCAGCUUUUGCGUGGUUAAAAUGUGAAGCGGAAGAAGAUGAAGAGUGUCACAACGUGCUGAGGGAAGCUAAUAUUAUUGGUCGAAAAGGCGCUGUAUUUGGAGUUGAAAAUCGUUAUGUUCGUCUUAGUGUUGUGAAUAGCAGAGAUGAUUUCGAUUUAUUGCUGCAACGACUACAAGAUUUAGUGUCUAAACACUUAUCUAUCGUCGAUGCUGUCAUGUCGCUGUGAUCAUUCAUUUUAUAUCUUAGGAGAGGAACACUUUAUAUACACACAAUUUGUUGAUUCAACUUUAGUUAGUAAUACCAAAAAUCCAUUAUCAUUUUGUAUCUUACUUUAACCUAAUCUUUUUCAUUAUACUUUCUAAAACUAAAUCGGGAAAUGCGCAAGUAUCUUAUAAACUAUGACCAAAAUUCAUAGACAUACUCUAACUAAAUUAAGGUUCUAUUACCUCUAAAUAUUUUUUAUGUAGUUUUAUAUACCUUUAGUCUUACGUGACACACUCUGUGGCUCCACGCAAUUAUGGUAUGUGAGAGAUAUUUGGAUGUCACGUAAGUUAAAAAGGUGCACAAAAUUACAAAAAAAUAAUAAUUCAGAGGGUAAUAGAUCCUUAGAAUAAUUAAGGUGUAUAUCUGGGAUUUCAAUCAUAGUUGUAAAAUUAGGUCUUAGUCCUAACUCACACCCCAAAAGCUAGCUCAAAGGGAGGAGGAUUGCCCAAUCCUUAUAAGGAAUCCACCCAUUUCAUUAACCACCGAUGUGAGACUUUUGUUUGUGGGACUUUUGUUUUAACAAUAGUCUAGGGGGUACUUGUGUAUUUUCCCAAACUAAAAAGUAAA